UCGUUAACAAUGCAAGUUCAGGAUAACUGCGCAUUUUGCCUCGUCUCUAUGAAGCGUCGAGCAUUGAAAAGGUUACAGCCAUGCAGACACCUAUUUCAUGCUGACUGUUUUGAAAAUGUACCAACCGCAACAAGUUGUCCAAUUUGUCGAAGCGAUGUAACGGUUGCCGAAUCAGUUGAGCGACGUGCCAACAUAAAAUACUCUGCUGAAGACAGGAAGCGAAUUGUGGAGGCAGCCAAUAAAGGCCUUGAUUGGGUGCAGCUGGCGGAGUCUUUAAAUGUAAAAUAUAAAACGGCUUACGUAUGGGUAUCUUCUGGCACUCCUCAAGCACUAAGGCAAGGCAGUACAAAAGAAAGAGCGCUGUCGGACAAUGAAGUUGCAGUGAUGGUCCAAUGGAUUGAGGAGGAUGCCACUAUGACACUCACAAAAAUUCGUGAAAAAAUUAAACAAACGUUUAGAAAAGAUAUGUGCAUUUCCAGCGUGGGAAACUAUUUACAAGGACAACUUUUUACGAUGAAGGGGAUUCAUAAGGAACCUCAAUCAAUGAAUUCGCAGCUAAAUAAGGAAAAGCGCCGCGAAUACGUAUGUACGUUGAAUCAAUAUAUUCAGGAAGUCUAGCAGAUUUUAUACAUCGACGA